CACCUUGGCCCGCAUUGCUCGUCGCCAUUCUAUGCCAAGGCGCUCCUCUUGCUCCUUCUACUCCUUCUUACCAUUACUACUCGUCACCAUCACUUCCCUCUACACCAGCUCCUCUCCCCACUCUACGCCCAGCAUGUCCACUUCCACCACCACUUCUUUCACCUCGCCCCGCCCCGCACACCUGAUCAUCGUCAUGGGCACCUCCGGCUCGGGUAAAUCCACCCUGGGUUCACACCUCGCCUCUGCCCUCUCUCUCCCCUUUGUCGACGGGGAUGACUUGCAUCCAAAGGCCAAUGUGGAAAAGAUGAGCAGGGGAGAACCAUUGAGGGAUGAAGAUCGAGAGGGUUGGUUGAAGCGGCUUAGGGAGAGGGCUUGGGAGAUUGUGACAGAGGGGGAUGAGAAGAGGGAGGAGCAGAAGCAUCUGCAACAAGAACAGCAGCAGCAGCAGCAGCAACCAGGAGGAAGUUCAACGGGAGUGGGAUUGGCAGAAGACGAGGGAACAUCGACGAAGCAGCGUCUGCUGGCAGAGGUGUUUGAGACCAGUGCAGGUCAAGGCGUAGACACACGGCGAGAGGUGGAAGAGAUCAAGGCGCAAGCUCCCACUGCAGACCAAGAGGAGACUUCCAAGCAGAGCAAACCGACCAUCAGCACUACCGCCGGCGCAAGCUCGGCGCCUACUUCCUCCUUAUCCUCGUCGCACCGCGCAGUAGUCAUUGCCUGCUCCGCCCUCAAGAAGAGCUACCGCUCCCUCCUGCGGGGCGAAAUCGACUCUCUGCCAACCUCUGCCUCUGCCUCUCCCUCUAGCAGCACCAACCACCCCACUCCAUCCGAAUUGCGAACUCUACACAUCUACGUCGAAGUCACUCCCGAGGAGCUCCUCCGGCGCAUGCAUGAGAGGAAGGGUCAUUUCAUGAAGGAGAGCAUGCUCAAGAGUCAGCUAGAGACGCUACAGCGACCGGUGGAGGGCGAGGAAGAAGGGGUGAUUGUGCUACAGGAUGGUAGGCAGGAGGAAGUGCUGCAGAUGGCUGUUGGAAGGACUGAGGAGAUGAUAAUGUGAAUGUGAAUGCAAGGAUAAAGGGGAAAGCGAGAGAUGUGCCAAAGGAGGUCAGCAGGCGAGGGCAAGAAAGGUCAUUUAUAUGUAGAGCAUCUACCCGAUUCACCAUCUAUACAAGCAAGCUAAGCUUCGCAGGCAAUGCCAAAACAACAAGUCACAUCGCCC